AUGUCUCAACAGCAGUACCCAUAUGCCGCCGCUCAGGCACCACCGCGGCAAUAUUCAGCCCACGGCACCAGCAGCGCCUUUUCCAGUUCCGCCAACCCUGACGAGGACUGGACCAAGAUAUCUGAUCUUGCUGAGCGCCGAAGGAUACAGAACCGGAUUGCUCAGCGUAACUACCGUAAGAAGCUCAAGAGACGCCUGGAAGACUUGGAGAGACGCGCGGGAACUUCAGACGGCUCAUCCACGACGGGGUCUGAAAGGCAAGGGCAACAACCUAGCAAAGGAACAACCAAGAAGCACUCUCCCAAGUCUUCAACAAAAGUGGUUUCCACUCCCCAGAAGCAGGUGCAGCCGCCCCAGUUUACACCACCCAUGCACCACGACGACGAUAUGCUUUUCCCACCAACGUACGAUGACCGCGAAAGGUCGCAUACACCUCUCUUCGUCACAUAUUCUUCAUAUCCGCCGCCCGACGAUUCGGGCAUGAUGAUUCCUCCCUACGGUUCUGCUCAGUCGUAUCACCCCAUGACCACGGCCGAUGGCUACCCAAACUACACGAUGCCCUGCACUCUUCCCUCCAUGACACACUUUAGCGAUGCCAUCAAAAGAGAGACGUAUCCUUCGGACGAAACGUUAUCUCCGUAUAUGAACUACGGCUACAUGCCCGGGGUGGAAGUUCCCCACGCCUACGACCACUCGAACCCUCAUACUCCACCGCUUUCUCACUCUUUCGAUCACUCGGCGAACUGCUCUGAUUCGGGCUACGAAUACCCGACAACGCCUCUCUCUGUGCCAGACUCGCCGGGCAUGAUCCACCAACAAAUAUGA